AUGAAAAUCACAAACAGAGCAGAAGCAGAAAAAGAUAAGAAAAGACAGAACAAACAAUCACAAAACCAAACAAGAGAAUCAAGAAUCUGCAGCAGAGCUUUGUGUUGCACCAACAAAGCGAGACUCAGCAUUUCGUCCUCGUCUUCUUCUUCGGUAGAAUCAGACAGACAUUCUAAUUUCUCAGACCAGCACUGUUCGCUCUCUAGCCUAACACACUACAUGGUUCAGGAGAAGCUAGAGCAGAUGAUCAGAGAGACGGAAGAAGCUACCCACCAAGAGAAGUUAAGACAACAAAAGAUGAGGAGAAGAAGAAGAAGCAAGAGUAGUAUCAGUAACACUAAGUUUAUAGUGAUGAUGGCAAUGGAGAAAUGCUCGUAUGAUCCAAGAGAGGAUUUCAGAGAGUCCAUGGUCGAGAUGAUUGUAGCAAACAAGAUCCGAGACGCAGAUGAGCUUAGAAACCUGUUGGAGUACUAUCUAUCGAUGAAUCCUCGUGAAUAUCGGUCUGCCAUUCUCGAGAUCUUUUAUGAGGUUUGUGCUGAUUUGUUCUUGUGUUCGUAACUAAAAGAGUACAGAGAUCCGUUGUUUCUUUCAGUUGUUUGUGUAAGAAGAUACCCCGGUUUUGUAACGAACCGGUUUUCUAAGUAAUAAAUAGACUAAAUGGCACACCUUUGUUAACUCGAACCAAACCAAAAUGUUGAGAAC